AUGCUGUUGACGGCCGUUUCGAUUGGAGACGCUCAAGCUCACGCCACCCAAGCCCAUAUUCCGGGAUUCAAGCAAAGCAAAGACCAGUCCCCUACCCAGUACACUACGUACGUUGUAGAUCACAACGGUACAGGUCCCCACGAUCCGGCAUCAAACAUGGAAGUGGCGCCCCUUGGCGUUGUACGAAAGGCGAGGGAGAAAGAAGUCGUAGGCUUUGGAUGGUCAGGCGCUCGGUGUACUCCCUGGGGGUGGAAGACGACCGUCGCGGAGGAACGCCAAGUGAGCGACUACUGCUGCACUACAUGCAAUGGAGUAGCGGUGUCGUGCGACGCCGGGGUCGAUGCGGUGGACCAAGCCAACCGACUCGCACAUAAUGACGACCCGCGGGCCGGGGGUGUAAACGCCCUCCGGAAAGAGAAAGACGACAGGGAGGUACAUAUGCCUACCGGUCUACGCGGUACAACGUACAUCAAAGGAUGUAUGUACCCCAAGGCCUCUGUCUCCACGAGCAUUACUAUGUACCGCAGUCCAGUCGCACUCGAGAUGCGCGUUCUCCGGCAAGACAUCACAGCUUGUGCCACGAGGAACAAGUGUCUCUGCAAGGUCUGCACGGAGCCUGGUCCCAGGGAGAAGGGUCCACGGGAGAUGCCGUUGCUCCGUCAUCGGAGGAAGACCUUCAAACCGAGCCCGAAAGCGGAAUAUAGGGAGCUAGACAGCUAUCUAAAGGUAGCACACAACAUUACAGAGGACGAAGAGUCUGAUAAGACAAGAUGGUCAUGGAGUUCGAGUUGGGGGAGCGACGAGUGA